AUGAGCAAUAUUUUAGAUAGUUUCGUGGAUACAACGUCAAAGACAACAAAAAGUCAUAGCAAAAAGACAAUGAAAUUUCUAUUGUGCACUUUUGUGGCAUGCACCACUUUCGGCAUGCUUUGGGCCAGCCUUACGUCAGUGAACAUCUGCAGUGGCGUCAGUGAUAGGGUACUCUUGCCCUACCUCGGCAACUGCUCCAAAUACUAUAUUUGCAUGGGCGGUCAACCUAUAGAGCAACAUUGCAACUACGGCUACCAUUUCGAUGCCAAGGAUCAAAGCUGUACUUACCAGGAUGUGGCUAAAUGCCUGCCCAACUGCACCAAUGCGCUGUCAUCCUUCUGCUAUGAUCGUACCUGCACAAAAUAUGUGCUCUGCUAUGCGGGCACUCCGAUCGUACGCGAGUGCUGUGAUGGUUUGCAGUACAAUGCCGAAACAGAUCGUUGCGAUUUCCCACAAUAUGUGGACUGCGUGGACAAUAUGUGCAGCAUAUUCAAUGAUCCGAACAAUAUUACAUUCCUCACCAGCAAGGCGGCAUGUGAUAAGUACUUCAUUUGUAUGGAUGGUAACGCCUAUGCUCAGAAUUGUUCCAAUGGUUUGCAAUUCAAUAAAUCGUGUAAUUGUUGUGAUUUCCCAGAGAAUGUCAAGUGCAAUAUAACUGCUGCUGCGCGCAACAUCAUGCCCUAUUCGAAGAUGCCACCCAGGCGCGCUGACAUCGACUGCCCUGUUGAUGGUGCUAAUUUAAUUGCGCAUCGCGAUCCAGCCAAGUACUAUUACUGUUUGAAUGGAAUGGGUGUUUUAUUGGAAUGCACCCCCGGACUUGUUUACGAUGCUAAAAUGGAAGCUUGUCGUACGCCAGAAAAUGCUGCACGUUUACUUUAA